AUUUCAGCGUCUUGAUGUUGCAAGCCUGAAGGGAAUUCACAGUUUGAGUCUGUUGAACUAGCUUAGCUGACGUGACGUACUGCGAAGUAGUGUGGUCAUGGUCAUUUGUGAGUUUGUGUUUUGUGGCGUAUUGGUAUUUCCCACAGGAAUUGACGCGUUUCCUGCAUGUAUGAAACUCAAACUUUGAGUUUAUUUUUCAGUAUUCAUUAUUAUUAUUCUUUGUGAAGUCGUGUACAGAUUAAUUACUUGUAAAAUCAGUGAAGAAAGCGAUCGGAUGUUAUGGAGAUAAAUCUUGUCAGUAUACGUUCUUUCACAAUUGGUGUAAUAAUGUACUACUAUAAAGAUGCAAAACACAAUUAUUGAAACCAUAAACUGGUUAUUGAAUUGUUAGAAAACAGUAUUUUUUUUCAUAUUUCACAAGUUUAAAACUGGAUGAUGUGUCAAUUUUGUAAUUAAGGUACUAAUGAUUAACUUACACUGAAAUAAUUUACCUGGAGAAGUGUCAUGCUGAAUAUUCAGUGCAAGUACAUAGUAGAAUAAAUGCACCCAACCUCCUUGUAGAGACUAUGAAGUAACUUCACAAAUUGAUAUCUGUUGUUUUCAUUUAAUCAGUACAUGAUGGCUAAUUUUAUUCCACGAAUAUCAGUGGAUGGGUUAAUAACAGCUGCUGAUGAAAGUGACAUCAAUUCAUUGGUUUCAAGUGUUCUUUCGAUGACAUCAGAAAUGAACUUUUCAUCAUAUGCACCUGAUAGCUUAAGUGAGGACUCCAGUGAAAAUGAUGAUGAUAAAGUUGAAAGAGAAACUAAUAAAAUUAAUUGUCAUAAACUUCGUAAAAAUGAACAAAGAAAAUGUUCUCAUAGAAAGGAAGACCACACAAAUAUUUCAAGUGUGAUAAGAAAAUCUGAAAAAAAUUUAACAUCAGAUGCAUAUGGAAUACGCUCCAAUAUUUCUCGUUUGCAUGAGAAUGAAGCAGCUUCUGCACAGUCUGGUGUGUUUUGUUUAAAUACUAGAAUCGUUGAAGAAAUAGAAGAUGAUUUGCAGUUCUAUGAAAAAGUUUCAUUAGUAUUUCUUUUAUAUGAUAGUGAUGAUCUUGCAUUGCAGCGGUUGAAAACUGCCCUCAGAUCACACAAUACUGGAAGUUUCACUCAUUGUCGUUUGCUCUCAGAUUGGGCUUUGCAUGAGACGUCUGAUAAUUGGCAAGGAAAAUUUUUGGAAGCUCUUUCAAUUAUUAAAAACAUAUCGUGGGUAAAAAAAUUAGGUGUCAGUGUUGAAGAAAUGAAUGUGCGGUUCCUUCCAAAAAAUCCUGAAGCUUCUUUGUAUGUUGACCUUCUGCGUAAAGCUCUUUAUAUUGUUUGCGAGUCCUUGACAUAUGAACAGUUAAAACGGCUUCAGAUGUUAGUUGAUAGAGAUAUGGAAAUUAUUGGCCGAAUGCCAGAUCGAUAUGAUGAAGAGUUGAUGGAAAUGAAUAUUUUGCAUUGGAUGUCACAAAGGUACCUUAAUAUUGGUGUUGUGGGCUCUUGUGAUGUAAACAUUAAAAACUUGACCAAGCAUCUCAAAGUAAUGGAAGAGUACAGAUUUGUUGAUUAUUUGGAGUCCAUUGCCAGAAGAUAUUAUAAACCUGUAGAUGUUAUUACGGAACCUACAUCAUUCAGUGAUCGAUUGAGUAUGAAAAGUGCUUUCAGUCAGGGUGGAAUUUCUUCACACAGUGUUGUUUCUCAAUGCCAGGAAGAGAGUUCAGUGGAAUGUGUAAAUAAUACUUAUGCUAUUGACCCUCAAAAUGUGGGGUUUUGUGUUAUCAUUAAUCAAAAGACAUUUUACAAGGAGACAAAUCCUAAACUGAAGCAUUUGGUUCAUGAAGAUUAUCUUGAACCACGCAUUGGAACUGAUAUUGACCGUGAUAGACUGUGUGAGAUAUUUAUGAGCUUCGGCUUUAUUGUAAAAAUUUGGGAGAACCUUACACAUAUUGAACUACUCCAGGCCAUCCAAGAAUCAGCUACAAACCUUGUGAAACAAGAACACAGUUGUUUUGUAUUGUGUAUACUGUCUCACGGAAGAAAAAAUGCUGUUUAUGGUGUCAACAGUAUCGCUGUUGAAAUGCAGGAUAUUGAGAAGUUUUUACAUGGAAAAUAUUGCCCCAAGUUACUUGACAAACCCAAAAUAAUAAUUGUACAGUCAUGCCAAGGUUUGGUGAAACAAAAUGCAUAUAUUUCAGAUAUUGGGGAAGACGGAGCUUCUCCUUCCAAAUCAUCACCUGAAGUGAGUGAUACACUCACGUUCUGGUCGACUGUACCAGGUUAUGCCGCAUUCAGGGAUCGAAUUACUGGAUCAUGGUUUGUACGAGCAUUGUGGGAUGAAAUGUUACACAAGAAAAGUUAUGGCCUUGAUAUUUUUACCAUUUUUGUGAAUGUGACUGCUCAGGUUUGCAAUAAACGUGCACCAAUUGAUGGAGAAUUAAAAGCAAUGACUCCCCAAUUUUCAAGUUGUUUCAGAAAGAAACUAAUAUUCCCCAUUCAUCAAGAUGCUCGUAAGGCUGCUGCCAAGAGAAUGUUUGAAAGAUAUUUGUUUGAUUGCUUACUCAAUGAUUUUAUUGAGGAAAAAGUUGUUUUGUCAAAUAACUAAUUAACGAACUCUCAUUAUAUCUGUGUAAUUUGGUGCUAUUGAAAAAGUAAGAAUUUAAUUUUUAUUAUAUGUAAAUAAAUUGAUUGGUAGAAUGUUAUUAAACUAACAGUUUUUAAUAUCCAUUGUUCAUUUUUAAUGUUCCAUAUUCUAUUGUUACCUUUUCUACUCCUAUAUUGAGUGAGGUAUGACACUGAUAAGUCUUCCAUUCCAAUGUCAAGUCCCACAUGCUUUAUAUUUUUCUUUUACUGAGCUCAAAAGCAAUCAUUCACUUGGACUAAUGAGAAACACACUGAUGGUUUCUCAAAAAUCUUGAAACUUAUAAUUUCAUUAACUUUGUACUCACAAUAAUGGUUAUUAUGAAACAAGUGUGAUUGGAGCAUUAUAAUGAAAUCCUUAAAUAUCACUUUUGCACCACUCUCCUAAUUCCUUGUCAUUAAGCUAUAUUAUGUAAUAGUAAAAGAGAUAUGAUCAUAUUAAAGCUGGUUCAGAAAAUCAGCAAAUUGAAAUUUAAUUAACAUAAUUUCAAGAAAUUAUCAUAGAACAUAUUUUCACUUUCUGGUUGUUUUUUUUUCCUUG